GGGACCAAGAAGACCCGGGGGGUGCAGGCGCUGGCUAUCAGCCCCAACCGUCGGUGCCUGGCGCUUUCGGAGAUGGUGGCAGAGAAGCCGGUCCUGACCAUUUACGAGGUGUCUUCGGUGUCGGCGCGAAGGCGGCAGAUGCUGGCCGCCGCUGAGGUGCUGUCGCAGGAGGCGGUGUCGCUGGCCUUCUCCCCCGACUGCCGGUACCUGGCAGCAGUCACGGCCCCCCCCGAGGGGCACCUCAGCUACUGGCUCUGGAAGAAGCAGCGGCUGCGGGGGGCGGUGAGCUUUAGUCCUCAAGACAAUGCACAGGUUUGUGUCACUGGAAAUGGUUUUUUUAAACUUUUUAAGUACAGUGAAGGAACUUUGAAGCAGAUUAAAUUACAAAAGAGAGAGCCGCAGAACUACUUGUGCCAUGCCUGGCUGUCUGAGAAGGAAGUUAUAUGUGGCACUGACACAGGCAAACUUGCCUUGUUUCAAACUGGACAGCUGCUCUGGGAGACGAGUGUAAAGUACAAAAAAUCACCCAGAAAACUAGAAGACUCAACAACAAAAGCAAAUGAGAGUUCUUCUGGUAUCUCUUAUGGACUGGGCUCUGAAGAUAAUAGUUCACAACAGGAUUCUUUGCCUCAAAUAUCUGCAAUUGCAUCUUAUUCCAAAGGCUUUGCAUGUUCUCCUAGCCCAGGAGUUGUUGUUCUCUUUGAGAAGACCAAGGAAAAGCAAGACUACGAGGAGAGUCAAGAAAUCUGGCUUCCUCAGGACCUGUUCUGCAGGGAGCCAGAACAGUCAGUCAGACAGGACAUUCUAUGUAUAUGCUUCAGCCCCUCUGAGGAAACGAUGAUCGUUAACACAAAUAAAAAUCAGCUUUACAUGUUUACUAUGCUCUCUGCUGAUCAUACGAAGGGGAAUGCAGCUUAUUUUGCAUAUCUGAACUUCCCGUUGCACUCUGCUUCCAUCACUGGUCUGGACGUCUGUACUUGGAAACCCAUUCUUGCUACUUGUUCCCUGGAUAGAUCUGUCCGCAUCUGGAAUUACAAGACAAACACUUUGGAGCUGUGUAAGGAAUUUCGUGAGGAAGCAUACACAGUAUCACUUCAUCCCACCGGCCUUUUCUGUUUGGUUGGGUUUUCUGACAAACUGCGAUUUAUAAGUCUGCUGUAUGAGGACAUGCGUGUUUUCAAGGAGUUUUCUAUAAGAAACUGUAGAGAGUGCUCGUUCAGUAAUGGAGGCCAUUUAUUUGCUGCGGUUAAUGAGAACGUGAUUCAAAUUUAUUCCAGCAUCACCUUUGAGAAUAUUAAUAAUCUGAAAGGACACGGUGGGAAUAUAUAUGCAGUUAAAUGGAGCACAGAUGAUGCUAAAUUUGUCUCCUGUGACACACAUGGUGCUGUGUAUGAGUGGAACUUGUUGACUGGUAAAAGGGAGUCGGAAUGUGUGCUCAAGUCCUGCAUCUGCAGCAGCAUUGCCCUGUCUCCUGAUGCCAAAACCAUCCUUGCUGUUGGAUCUGACCAAACUAUCAAAGAAAUUUCAGAGUCUUCGAUCCAGCAGGGAGUGUCUGCUUUUGGCAGUGUUUAUACUGCAGUAGUUUUUUCUCAUUCCGGGAGCAUGGUAUUUGUUGGUACAUCUCUGGGAUUAAUUCGAGCUAUGAAAUACCCAUUACCUUUGACAAAGGAUUUCAACGAGUAUCAGGCCCAUUCAGGUGCUGUUACAAAGAUGUCCAUAACAACCGAUGACCUCUUUCUGCUGACUGCCUCAGAGGAUGGCUCUCUAUUUAUCUGGAAAGUGUGUGAUAAAGGAGGUGGAAUACUGAAAUGGGAAAAGGAAGUUGAGUAUGCUGAGGAAGUGCUGACCAUGAAAUCAGAUCUAGAUGAGAAGGGUCAAGCAAUACUAGACCUGCAGAUUCAUGUGAAAGAGCUACAGACAGAAAGUGAUUUCCAGCUACGUCUCAAGGACAUGGACUUUAAUGAAAAAAUAAAGGAAUUAGAAGAUAAUUACACUCAAGAAAUAGGCUCCCUUAAAACCAAACAACAGAUUUUACAGACAGAGAAAGAAGAACAAGAGAUAGAGCACCAAUGUCAACUGUCCGAGCUGAUGAAUAAACAGGCCAGGGAGGUGCAACAGCUAGAAUCUGACAGAGACCAGAAACUCUUAAUGGAACAUGAGAAAUACCAGAAGCUCAAAGUAAAAUCCCAGAGGAUGCAGGAGGAAUACGAGAAACAAUUGCACAAUUUGGAGGAAAGCAAAAGCAGAGAGGUGAAGGAGCUUACAGAAUAUUAUGAGGAAAAACUUAAUGAGAAAUCUGUUCUGCUAGAAGAGGCAAAGGAAGAUCUGAGACAGCAGCUUCAAGCACAUGAAGAAAUUAAGAAACAAAUUGAAGAAGAUGAAGACCAAGAAAUCCUGGAAAUCCAAAUCAAGUAUGAGAAACAGCUCAUGGAAGAAAAGAAAUCAAACCUGCAACUGAAAGGAGAAAUCGGAGUCAUGAAUAAAAGGUUGAACAGCCUACAGAAAGAGCUCAAGGAGAGAAACAAGGACAUGGACGAAAUGAGAGAGGAGCAGCACAAGCUGCAAGGCAUCAUUAAGUCACUGGACAAGGACAUCUUGGCACUAAAGACAGAGAUUCAAGAGAGAGUCGACACUAUCCAAGACAAGGAGAAGCAUAUAUAUGACCUAAAAAAGAAAAAUCAGGAACUGGAAAAUUUCAAGUCUAUACUGGAUUACAGAAUAGAGGAGUUAAAGAAGCAAAUAGAGUCACGUGAAAAUGAUAUGAAAACAAUGAAGAAGCAGAUCCCUGAGAUGGAGAGGGAGCUGGAACGAUUUCACAAGGAGAGCACACAGCUGAAGCUGAACAUCACACAACUGCAACAAAAACUAAAGGCAACUGAUAGUGAGAUGCACAGAGAGAGGCAGAAGAAGCGAAAUAUGGAAGCUCUCGUCAAGCGAAUUAAAACGGAUCUUCUUAAUUGUGUGGGCUUCAUUCAGGAUUCAAAAAAAAUGAAGGAUGAGAUCCGUAAGCUCUACACCAAGUAUGUGCAGCAAUCAGACAUGGUGGAGACCGAAGCAGAAGACACAGAUUUGCAGCAGGAGUCCACAAGACAGCGAGAGUAUCUUGAGAGGAAUUUGGCAGCUUUGCAAAAGAAGGUGGUGAAGGAUCAGAAAAUCCACCAAGUUGCCUACGCACGCAUUGUGCAGGAAAAUGUGAGUCUGAUUAAGGAUAUUAAUGACUUGCGGAAAGAACUGAAGGUAGCCAAUGCCCGGGUACGUGACCUCCAGUCAACACAAAAAUCAAUCAAGAAAAAGCAAGCAAUUCAAGACACAGCUCCUUCAGGUGAACUGCUCCCCAGCCCAGCUGUCCUGAGGUUGAAUAAAGAGAAAGAAAGAGAGAAAAUCAUAGAAAUGCAGCAGCUAGAAAUUCAGUACCAGCGAGACCAAAUUCAGUACCAGCGAGACCGAAUUCAGUACCUGCGAGACCAAAUUCAGUACCUGCAAGGCCAAAUCUAG